UCAGCAUAUGCAAUUGAAAGAAGGAGAGGGAAUGAAUCAACCUAGACUGAGCGAGCGAGCUGCCUCCCUCUACAAUUCCUAAUGAUUUGCAGUUUUUCGCCAUCUCUGAUUUCUUACGCAGCAAUGAUGAAGUCAAUCCGUUCUCACUCUUCUCUUCGUGAGAAAAUCAACCCUUCAUCUCUUCCUCGCUUAACCUUAGCAGUAACAACGCAACUUCAGGACCACCAUCGCUCGCUGUCUCCUCCUUCUUCGCCAUCUUCGUCGACAAGCCUCGGCUCCUCAAAUGAAGAAAUCGUUAUUUCACUGGUGAAAUCGAGUACCCAACGUUGCCAUCUUCUCCAAAUCCAUGCCUACCUCCUGCGCACUUGUCUCCUUCGUAACCACCUGGUUUUCUCGGCUUUCUUGUCCCGCCUCUCGCUCCCGCCGUUUCAGGAUUUGGGUUAUGCCCGGAGAGUGUUCGAUGAAUUGCCAAGGCGCAAUGUGUCAUCUUACAACACUAUGAUCAGGGCUUAUGCAAUGGGAAAUUUAGCGGAAGAAGGUUUGGAGCUGUAUCGAGAAAUGCUUUCUUUGGGUAUUUGUCCUGUCUCUUCGUCAUUGUCGUUUGUAAUUAAAUGUAUUGUAAAGAUUGGGUGUUUGUUUGGAGGGAUGCAGGUUCACGCUCAGGCUCUGAGAGAUGGGCAUCAAUCUGAUAGUUUAUUGCUCACUGGGUUGAUGGACUUUUACUCGUAUUGUAAGAAGUACGGUGACGCCUGCAAAGUGUUUGAUGAAAUUCCUGUGAAAGACACUGUUGCUUGGAACACAUUGAUUACUUGCUACAUGAAAAAUCGCCGCCGUCGUGAUGCCUUGGGUGUGUUUGAUAUGAUGCAGAGUUCUAAUGGUUGCCAGCCAGAUGAUGUUACUUGUCUGCUGGUACUUCAGGGUUGUGCACAGCUAAACACAUUGGAGUUUGGGGAAAGAGUUCAUCAAUAUAUCGUAGAACAUGCUUAUGGGGAUGCAAUGAAUGUUUCUAAUAUGCUUAUAACAAUGUAUUCGCGUUGUGGGUGUGUGGAGAAGGCCUACGAGGUGUUUCGAAACAUGCCUAGGAAAGAUGUUGUGUCUUGGAGUGCCAUGGUUUCGGGUUUGGCAAGUAAUGGCUAUGGUAGAGAUGCUAUUGAGGCUUUUAAACAGAUGCAGAGAGCAGGCGUGGCGCCAGAUGAUCAGACUUUCACGGGGGUUCUCUCUGCUUGCAGUCACUCUGGCCUUUUGGACGAGGGGCGCAUGUUGUUUGAUAGAAUGAGCAGGGAAUUUAGGAUUUUGCCUAAUGUUCAUCACUAUGGGUGUAUGGUUGAUCUCAUGGGCCGUGCCGGUCUACUUGAAGAGGCGUAUGAGUUUGUAGAGUCGAUGAGAGUCAAGCCGGAUGCAACAAUCUGGAGGACACUUCUGGGAGCUUGUAGAAUUCAUCGCAACCCUGCCCUCGGUGAACGAGUUGUUGAACAUCUGAUUGAGCUCAAGGCACAAGAAGCCGGAGAUUAUGUGCUAUUAUUGAAUAUGUAUUCUUCAGUGGGUGAUUGGGAGAAGGUAGUGAACUUGAGGAAAUUGAUGAAAGAAAAUGGAAUCCAUACAACCCCGGCUUGCAGUACCAUUGAAAUGAAGGGCGAAAUACAUGAAUUCAUUGCGGACGAUGUUUCACAUCCUAGGAUGACCGAGGUUUAUGAAAUGCUGGACGAGAUUAAUAGGCAACUUAAAAUUGCAGGAUAUGUCGCUGAAAUAACAUCAGAGCUGCACAACACGGAGGUGGAAGAAAAGAGGUUUACAUUGUCUUAUCACAGCGAGAAGUUGGCAAUAGCUUUUGGUGUUCUCUCAACUCCACCCGGCACAACAAUUAGAGUUGCUAAAGACCUCCGGAUUUGCGUUGACUGCCACAACUUUGCCAAGAUUUUGUCUGGGGUCUACAACAGGGCAGUAGUUAUUAGAGAUCGCACCCGCUUUCACCAUUUUAGAGGAGGACGCUGCUCUUGCAAUGACUAUUGGUAAUCUAAAAUAGUUCUUCAACACAUGAUUGCACACAUAGGAUGCCCAGAAACUCAGAAUGAGCGUAUGGAACAACAAAGUUUUAAGAAUUUCCCUUCUGGAAAGUUACGGGCAAUGUCAUCAAAUUGUUGUGGCAGCCAGAAGAAGGGAAAUCAAUACUAUAGAGGAUAUUUUUACAGAAGAAAUAUAGAAUAAGGAAAUCUGAUUGGUUAGGAUCUCUUGCAUAGUGAAGUUGAGAUGGAAGUUGAUGUAGUUUGUCACUGGAUUAGAGGAAUGGAAACUGCAUUCUGUAAUGUAAGAUACUCUGAUGGAGAAUUGAACUUGUUGGAGCAAUGGUUCAGCUAUUAGGUAUUACCAUGGUGUUUGCUUCUUGGUGUCCUAUGGCGAGUGUAACCCAAUUCUAAAAUUAAAAUUCAAUUUUAAUUUCUAAUUUUUAUA